UGUAGAGAGAUGUAACAACAUGACAAGCUACAAAAAAAAUAAAUAAAUAGGGCUUUUUAUUUCCAAGACUGUCCAUGUAACAAGGUAAUGAUCUACCCCAAGGCUAAGAGCGGCCACUGGUACUGAAUAGUAAACUGGCCAGUAGAACACGUGCUGAUUGUGUUUAAGUAGAGAUUUGGCAUAACGCUGAUCUCUGAAUUCAGCACUACGCACCUCUAGAUCAUGUAACUUGAGCAGAUAUCCUCCAGAUAUCCUGAGACAUCCUUCAGAACAGGUCUAUAAGCAAGAUUCCAAGGUGCUCCAGUCUUGCAUCUUCAGCUUUUAACACCAGGAUAACUUUCAGGGAUUUGCAUAGGCACAUUGUAAUACUAGAAGUAGAUAAUGUCCCUUCAGACCUGGUCAGUGGACAUCUGUUUGUCAAGCAGGAUCUAGCUCUUGGCCUGCAAAUCUCAGUUCUUGAAGAAGUUGGGAAAUAUCCUUCAGACCCCUUUUUCUGCUGAGGAAAUUGAGAGAGAGGAUGUGAGAGCUGUAUAAAUAUGUCAGUAGUCCCAUAAGUACGUCACCUUCCUUCCACUUCACACCGACAAGCUUUCCAUUGCAGGUGUCCCAGGCUAAGAACAUCCGCAGAUGCAGAUACCACAGUUCAGCGGCCAUUUGUCACAUUGCUCUGCCUUAAACACAUGCCUUACUCCCCACACUAUGUCUAUAUGCUCAGAGAAGGACAUAGGUACUGGCGUUCUUUCAGGUUGCUGAGCCCAAGGGUGUAGACUCACAGAAUCACAGAAUCAUUAAGGCUGGAAAAGACCUCUAAGAUCAUCUAGUCUAGCCAUCCACCUACCACCAAUAUCGACCACUAAACCAUGUCUCCAAGUGCCACGAGUGAAAGCAUCUCAUGACGGCUCCAUGUUCACGUUCAUGUUCAUGCUCAUGAGUUUAUGGCCAAACAGGCUAAGAGUGAAACUGCUUGAAAGUAGCAUGCUUCCCCUCCCAUUUUUGUUUCUCUUCUCUGGGCCUGUGACCAUCACCAGCAGGGAGGGAAAGUGAACACUUCCUCCCACCUACAGCCUCAGACUUGCUGCAUGUGAGAGCAUCUGCAAAUAACUCAGUUUCAUUCUACUUUUAUUCACAUUCUUCCACAGCCUACAGGUCUGGAGAAUCUUUUCUCUUGAAUAUUUUGUGCAUUUCUGUGUAUAUCUGAUGCCUUCUGCUUUUAUCAGGCCGAUCUAUCAAGUCACUGCUUGUGGGACAAGAGCUGGACUUGCUGACUGGCAUGGUGACUCCAUUGCAGUACGUGAUCCCAGAACUUAAAUUCCAUCUUUUAAGUGCCUCUCCUCCUAAACACAGUUACAUCAAUUAACCUGAGGGCAGCAUCUAGCCUACAACAAAAGUAUCACUUGGGAUGUUAGAUCAGGGAGAACAAAAACAGUUUGAUGCUUUAACGUCACGCCAAAGUUGCCAUUUUGAUACAAAGCAAAGCCCCUUGUAGACUGGUAAUGUGAACAAAUUCGAUAAAAAGAUCACUGAUACAAUAAACAGCGGCUCCCCGCAGAGCCAUUUUAACAGACGUUUUUCGGAGUAGAACCACAAUUUAAGGGGAAGAUAACAGCAGAUAUAGUGCAAUGUUGUAGUUUUGAGAAGCGCUUGUAUGUGUAGGGCAGGAAAUUCAAAGUAAAGGUUAAGAGAACAUUAUUUGGAAAGUACCAGAAAUAACUUUUAAGAGCACCUAGAGAUCUUCAGAAUGUAUCCUAGCAGAAAGCAAGCUUUGGCGGCCAUCGGGGCCAUGUCUGUCCACAUCCCCACACCUCCUGCUGUGUCUACACCCUUCCCACCACUCAACUUAAGAGGACCAGGGGGACAGGACACUGCGAUGGAUCUACAGAGCCCUCCACUGAGCUUGUCCCUGGUGAGUCGGACGAUUUGUAAACCAUAAGCAAGGUGUCCCAGUGAGCCUGGGACCUCAGCUCCAGCUGAGAGCUAGCAAAGGGAAGUGAUGUGUCUAGCCUAACCAGCUAGUGUGUCGAUGAGUCGUGGGAUAAUUCAACGCCAUGCCAUACUUUUGCAAUUCACUUCUUCACUCUCUCUGUAUUUAGUGAAAGUGUUCCCCUGUCCACUCUGAAGAGUCACUCAGCAGACGUGCAACUGAAAAUGAGAAGUUUCAGCAGCACCACUCUUCUCUAAUGAAAGCAGAAGGGAGGCAAAAGAUCAACCUGUCCCAGCCUUGAGGGCUGGAAAAACUUACACGGCUUCUGAUGCAUUUAUCUGGCCCAAAUAACACCUUUAACCAAACCCCCAACUGCACACUUUUACCUGCUACUUUAACGCUACACAGCUGAGCUCAUGGGUAAGCUCACGUGCCUCAGUCACCAUUGCAGGGACAGGAAGGCAAUCACCAGAACACUUUGCACAUUUCACUGACGGUGUAAUUUGUUUGGCUUUUUAAAUUUCAAAUGGCACCAUUCCUAACAAUGUCAAUGUAAAGGAGCUAAGAAGUGUCAAAGUCUCAGUAGUGUCCUAAGCAAUCAAGUCUGAAAACUGUAUCAGAGGGGGUCUGGACACAGCCCUUUCUUCCUACUCCAUGAAGUUGUUGUUUUAAUAUAUUCUCAACAUGUUUCCAACAGAAAUUAAUGGUACUAAGGCAGUCUGUGUGUUCAUGCAGGGGUAUUUUCUGUUAGAUGAUCAGUCAGACCAUUCUUCCUUCCCCCUCAGUUUUGGAAAAAAUCAAUCCAUUUCUGAUUCUUACACAUUAAAACAAAAACAAAAUACCUAGGAAAUUGGUGGGGUUUCCUUUGCUUGAUUAGCUGCAGAGUAAAACAUGUGCUUUACGCUCUUUCUUUCCCAAAGUGAAGGAAGGUGCAGAUUUCUUCGUCUGAAUGAUAAAUGGGAAAAACAGUGGCAAAUGUGAAUACUGCAUUGCAGCUGCAGAGCUGGUGAUACCAAGAAGUUACUCACAGAGCACGUCAUUGCUUCAGCCAGUGACUGCGGCACCAGAGUAGCUGCACUCAUGCUAAGAGUUCCUGGGAAAUGCUGUGUCCUGAUGAUCCAUGCCAGGAGAAUCUUCUGUCUGGAUGUAGUGUAGAAAGGCCCUCAAAGCCAGGAGUCUGUUUCAGGAGAAGCUGAGAGCAGGUGCCACACAUUGGGCCCGAUGGCUGUCCCCAGCACUCUGGGGACUUGUAGGAUCACAGCCAAUUCUCUAGGAACUGUAGAUCUGAUUUGAGCAAGUGCUGGUAGAAAUGCUAAGACAUGCUUAAAGCCCCAAGGUACCCAUUCUCCAUCCCUCCCUCAACCCUGGUGGGAGCCUUCAAGGUGCAACUUGUGCAGUCUGUAACGACAAGGGCAAGCAAGCAUACAGCCCGUCCUCAUUCAUGUUCCUCUUCAACAGGGGCUGGCUGGUCAGAUUCCCCAUUUUCUCUUGGAGGGUGGCUGUAUCUUGCCAGUUUUCAGAUCAUCAGCAAGAGCAUCCAGAUGACACCUCUGAGACCCCUGGACUACGUCAAGUGUGGUGAGGAGAGAGGUGCUGUGCUCUGAACCACUCCAAGUGAGUGCUUGAUGCUGAGCUGCAGUCAGAACUGAAAUGCUCUGCCAGAAAUGGCUUUCAGGAUCUAGCGUUGCAACCUCCUUCAAAAUGGCUCUGCCUAUGCCUUCAAAUCACUGUUUUGCUCCAACAUUCUUUCUUCUUAAGAUCUCAUAUCUUCUGAGACCCGCUCUCAGGGCUGGACUGCCUGUGACUAAAAACCCAUCCUUCUCCCACACCCUUUUUCACUACCUGAAACCAACAUCCCUUUGUUGUUACAGGAGGCCCCAUCCUCCAAGUUUAUUUAGUCCUCAAAAACGAACUGCCUGGGGACCUGGGAUUUGUAGCAUUUGGUCAGGAAAACCUGCUGGCAAAUGUGUGCUUUGUCCUUGAGCUGCUCUGGGAGAGAAGAGUGUGGAGCAGGGAGCGAGUGACCACGGUGUGCAUAAAAGGAGAUUCUCGUCUUCCUGCCACACACCAGUGGCCAUCUUUGUACUGUCCAGACCAGACAGGAAAUGUGAGGUGCUGUAUUUCAGAGAAUUCUAUUUAUGUAUGGAAAAAGAGAGGUGUGUGGUGUCACGCAUGUGUGCAAGUUUGCUUAUGAGCCAGGCAACUCAUGGGCCUAUGGAUUGGUGUUUGCGCAGCUGGAUUGGCUUGGGGGGGAAAGCUGUGUUGGGAAGACACCCACGGUGGAAGGCUCUUCUAAUAUUAACUGUUCCCUGGAGAAUUGUGGGGCGCACAUUGAGCCUUAGAAGAAAAUUGGUGUAUUUUUUGCAUCCCUCUGUCCUGCUGAAUGGACAAGCUAUGUGAAGCAGGCACUGCAGCUGCUGUGGGGUAGUGUAGCCUGGCUGAACUAACUGAGAGGUUCAACUCAGGGGGAAGGGUUCUUUCUUCUGUGGAGUGAGUGGAGUGUUCUUCUGGGUAGGCACACUGCAGGACAGGUGUUCCUGUGGUGUCACACCAUCUCAAGUGUGAGGGUUGUGCUGCCAGCAUGCUCAGCCACAGUGCUGCCCUUGUUCUACUCCAGCUCUGACCUAGGAUGGAUCCUCUGAAACUGGGGCACCAGUGGCAAGGCUGGUUUCAUUUUGGUGUUGCUUAGGUCAAUGACUUGAGCUGUUUUUUACUAAGUGGUUCAUUUAGUAUUUCUACAGCAGGGUGACUCCUUCCUCAGUUUCAAAUUGACCUGUGCAUGUAUGCGGACCCUGAAAGUGAGCCUCUCUGGAUACCUGAAAGAGGAAGUUACGGGUCUCCUGAUGGUGUCUGGAGAGGAUAAGUCCUUCUCCUUCUCUUUUACUUCCCAGUAAUAGUUACAAACCGGUCCGUAGUAUAUCUGAGCAUUGCGAGCUAACACCUGAUUCUCCACCCUUGUUUCUGCACCUAUUGCUUUACCAGCAGGAAGUAGGACGUGGUUUGGGGCUUUUUAUUCUCGGCCUCGCUAGCCUUUUCGAUACUUCGGGGCCUCGUCUCAUUCUGACAAGGCAAGCAAGCAGCAGCUUCCUGUGCAAAGGUGAGAGGGAGCAGACAAAGAUCGAACACACAGGAGAGGAACAGCUCCGCAGCAGACCUGCCCCUCUCCUCUCAUGCCAGCAGCGCUGGCUGGUGGGUGGAUGUGCUCUGAGCAGAGCUCCCCCCCAGCCCCUCUCCCUGCUCCCUGUUCCCCUCCCAGUCUUGCCAACAGCACCUUCAUCCAUCUGUCGUCGCGACCCCAUCCCUGGAGUGCCGGCUGCCUGGAGCUGGAAGUGCAUCCCCAGAACAGAUGAAGUCCUCCUCACUGCUUCUGCACCACCUCUGGCUGCUCAGCCUGAUGCCUCUCUCGCUGGCAUCCAACUCUACACAAGGCAACUCCAGUCUCACUUGCUGGUAUGACUCAAGGGCAGCACUCCUUUGUGACUGGAACCCAGGCAGGGACCUUGCUGAUGCACCAUGCAAUCUGAUGAUUUUAUCGAAGUAUGAAUUUUGUGACAGGUCACAUUCUUCAUCUAAAAAUUCCGAGCAUUGCGAGUUACCCAAGGCAGAACACAUGACCGGACUGAGGAGAUGCAUCAAGAUUUUCAGCCAAAACUAUAAUAUGCAAUGCUUCACUGCUGUGGAUCGUCUUACCAUGUCUGUGCACUGCCAGACUGGGGAGAAGAAGUCUAUAUUUGCACGACUGGAGGAUUUCAGUCCACUUCAAAAUAUAAAACUGUGGCCUCCAGGAAAUCUUCAACUGUUUAGCAAGGCUAAAAACACCUACAACUUAACGUGGAGCCUGAAUAUUUCCUCUCACUACUUGUAUGGGGAGCGGGAAUAUGAAGUGUGGUACCGAACCACGAGUCAGUCAUGGGAGGAGGCCAAGAUCUUCACCAUUAAGCAAGACCAGAUGUGGGUAUCUUUUGAAAGACUCUCCCCCAACAUGAAGUAUGAGGCAGUUGUCCGUGCAAAGCCAAGUGCUUCAAGUAUCUACAGAGGUGUGUGGAGCGACUGGAGCAAGACAGUACUGUGGAGCACACAUGCCGAAGGAACAUCCCGGCCAGUGUUGCCAGCUAUUAUAGUGAGCACGUGCAUCUUUGUGAUCAUUGGGACUGCCUUCCUUAUAAACUUACGGACCCCAAGAUGGUUUAAGAAGAUCUUGAAGAUUCACAUCCCAGAUCCUGAGAAGUUCUUUCCCCCACUCAUCUCUGUUCACGGAGGUGACAUUCAGAAAUGGCUCUCCUCCCCAUUCUCCACAUCUUCCAUGAGUAUGAACAGCACAGCCCCAGAAAUCUCACUGCUGGAGGUGAUGCAGAAGAAUGAUCAGGAAUCCCAGCUUCCCAAGGAAACCCUGGCACCUGAUCCUCCGUUAGAAACCAGUGGGCACUCUGUGUCCAGCUGCUUCACCAACCAGGGUUACUUCUUCUUCCACCUUCCCAACUCUGUUGAGAUUGAGCCCUGUCAGGUCUACUUCACAUAUGAGCCUUUCACCCAGGAGAGCAAUAGCAAUGAGGACAGCGAGACUUACCAUGAUCUCCCCUCCCCAGACCUCUGCACACUGGCAGAGGACAUGCCAGUGUUGCCCUAUAACUUUCUGCACUGCAUAAAUGCGAUCCAGGGCUUCCAAAAUAUCUCCUUUGUGGCAGAGACACAAGGUGAAGCCCAGCGGGCCAUGGUUUCCCUGUCAAGAGCAAGCACCUCACCAACACCAGUUCUGAGGCAGGAUGAGCAGAUAACUGACAAAGCAGCUUUACAACCUGCUGAGGCCCCUUGCCAGCUGGACACAGACUUUCCUGACUCACCAGACCUGCAUGACAGCAAUACUUCUGAUGUAUCAAGUGGGAAAGCAGGCCCUCCAAUUGAUCCCAGUGCUCCAGCAGCACAUGAUACCUCUUCCUUUUCUCAGCCUACAACUCUAAGGCAAACCCAGGAUGAGGAUCUUUGCAGAACAGCCUUCUCCAACCAAGUGCCAAAUACUGGUGCCUACCUUUCUCUGAAGGACCUCCAAAGCCAGUACAGCCAUUGCUCUCUCUAGCAUCAGCCUGGAGAAAAUCUGCAAGUGGGAAAGGCCUUCUAUGUAGAAAAGACGAGAUGGACAUUUCUUCUAUUCAGAGCAUGAAUGUAGUCUCCAUCACCAACCCACUGGAACUGUUCUUUAACGACGAUGGAGAACAGAGUUACUCUAGAGGGAUACAAACCUGGGAAAGGAAUAGGAUGGACAAGGUGUAAACUCAUAGGUGGUGCUGAUGACAAAAUGUAUGAAGACAUCUCUUCCUGACUAACCAAGGUCUUUUAUUUUUUUCCUCUGAUGUUGUUCCUCAUUUCAGGGUUUAAUCAGAGUACAUUCUGAGCCGCUCAGUCUAGUUUUAGACUCAGGUCUCUAAGGUUAGCUCAGAGCCUUAGCUGUGUCAGCUGUCUAAGCAGUGCAGUGUAAAAAGAAAUCCCCAUUAUUGGGUUAAAAAUACUGGGGAAAUCCCCUCCCCUUCCACUUUUUCCCCCAAGUCUGAUGAUGGCAGUAAAAAGAACACACACAGUUUCCCAUUCUUGCUGCAAUAUUUUUCAUGAAAUCGAAAGCCUCUCUGCCCUUCUGGCAAAAUACCGUUAUUUGACUACGAUAAGCUGAUUGCAGAGUAGUUCAUUCCACAUCCUGUAUUAGUGGAAAACGUCGUAAAGGUGCUGCCCAUUCCUUCCAUUACUCAGGGGAAACCAUUGCCUAGUUAGCGGCAAAGAUAUGGUAAAUGAGCCCAGAAAACUAACUCACAAAUCAGCACCUUCAUUGAAAAGAAAACUUCAAUGCACUCACCAAAAAAAUAACGAAGGCUGCAAAGUCUACCUUUUUUCUUUGUGUUUGCUGAUCUGAGUUGAUAAACAACAAAAACACAGAAAAGAAGUGUUAAGGCAGAGCAAGACAUGCUCUUCUGCUUCCACCCACCCCUGCAUUCAACAUCUGUACUGUCUGUCUCUUCUCUUGCCAUAUUUCUGGACUAUUCAAAAGAGGGAAAAUACCAACCCUGUGCUAAAGAUCUUUCUUCUGAGAUCAAAGAGUUUCAAGGAUAUCAAACCUCUUGGUACUUUUGUCACCCCUUUAAGUAUCACCUCAAAAGAGCUGCUGAAAGGACUUGACCCUUCCUGCAACAGAGAGGGCUGGGGCAACCUUUAUCCUCUACUCAUCAGCUUCUUCGUCUGCUCCAAGGUGUGGACUGACCCUUUGUCUCCAGAACAUAGUAGGUGAAGAAAAGCCCACAUCUUCCAAGAUAAGAAAGCACAAGAUUUGCCCAGCUAUUUGCUGUGCUUUGAGAUUCUUUCCAGAUGGAGCUCAAAAGGAGACACUGAAUCCCUUGCCCCAACAGGCAAAUUGAUAUCUUACAUAGGUCAAGGAUCCUAGUUGUACUGAUGGUUCUCCUGUCCCUAUGUAGAUCUUCGUAAGCUUAUCAAUUAUUCUUGCUGCUACAAUGAGUAUAAAAAACCUACCCUUUUUCCUAUUGUGAAUGAAAGAAAUACUAAGGAAUCUACAGUGUCUUAUUUGGGGUUGAGGGGGGAGGCCUAACAGAUUUUCUAGACUAGGUAAAGCCCUCUUCCUGCUCUCUUUCUCAAGGCACAUUGCCAUCUAAAACAGCGGGCAUUUGCACUAUGUAGGUGAGUUUUGAGGCCGGGACAAAGAAAAGGGAUGCUUGGAAAGACAUUUGCCUGGAAGACUCAGCUGCAAGUAAACCAUCAGAAGCCCUUCGUAGCGAACGGCACUUCGCCUGUGGUCUUCAGCAGGUUCUGAGUCAGCUCCAGCGUUCAGGCAAAGAGUACGGUCAGACCGAAUCUUUGAGGGGGAGAUGCACCACUCCACAGGUGGCCAAGGUUAAGAAAGGAGGGAAGAUGCGUUAGCUACAGCGAACACAGAAAGUUUGGGGCAGGGGACAGAAGGUUUAAAGAGGCGAAUUCUCCAGAUACUGCUGUAAGGAGACAGUUUUACUGAGAUGUGCUCAGAGAGCAGAGCUGGAAGUGAAUCCCGCUGCAGGCCCCCGAGGACCAUCCUGCCGGUUCAGUACUUUUCCCCCCUGUGAAAAUGCUGACAGCUUUCGAAGUGGCAAGCUGUUAGCACUGCAUUAGCAGCUACCCUGGGUGUGAAUGUGUGACACACUGCGGCAGGAAGCGCUCAACAUAAGAUCUGUCGAUAACUGGACCUUUCUUCCAGGAAGACGAGGUCAUGUGGUCUCGUAUGUGAGUAACCCAGGUUAUGAAUACCAGUGACACAACACUCAGUGAUAUGGGGCCCUUUCUCUUCUGGGUCCCCGAGAGCUCUCUGGAAAUGUCACAGGGCCAAACGUUCCCCUCCCAAGCUGGUGUGAACACACAGUGCACAUCAGACCACAGACAGAUGACAAUGUCCAUCAGUACCAGAGUCAUACUGAAACUGAACUGCAGUUCAGCUAACAGCCGCAGACACCAGUCCUCUCUUUAUCUUAAGCCUGGAGGUAACAAAGAUAGCUGUCACAUCUCUCAUCUCCCUCUUUCCAAAAUACUUUAUUUGCAACAUCACAUUCCUCCUGUUUUUUUGGUGUAUUUUUGUUG